UCUCACGUCAAACCACUUUUCAGAUUACGUACCUACGAAAAUGUUUUGCCAAUAGUGAUAAAAACUGUGAUAAUACAUAAAUGUGAACUUGAAACUUAAAUUACUAGUGAAAUGAUCUCAAACUAAAAUGGAGCGUAAACUAACACGCGAGGACUUUAUGCGGAAGAGUUUUCGAACUCCCCGGACGUCGCCGGCGUCCGAGAACCACGAGCCGACCGUCAACGGAGCCCCGCCGCCUUCGCCGGUGUCUCUGUCCAUGCUAGAGCGAGCCGCCCAGCCGCCACGGACGCAGUAUGAGAUAACCUCUUCAGGCAUCGCCCCUAAACGCCUAGAGUUCAACAGAGCUCAUCCCAUACACCUCAAAUCGUUCCAAGCGCCUGAACCUCCCGAUGACACCAACACUCCACCUUCCGAUGAUGUGCUACGCACUUUGGAACGACAGAUCGGUGAAAUGGAGCGAGGCUUAGAAAGAGCUCAGAAUGGAACAGUAGCCGUGGACGAGAGAGUGCGCUACGCCGAACACGAAAACCUCCUCAGAACUGGUGUUUCCUCAGUCGGUGGGGGAGGUUAUCUCGCUGCUGAUUCCGACACGGAGCACGACGUCGUACCCUUUAAUAGAAAUGAAACUACCCGUAGCAGUACUGGAGCUACGGCUCCCGCGGUCCGGCCGGCUCCCAGACUGGCUAGAACUCAUUCCGACACACAGCAGCACCAAGUCGCUGCUACUGCCCGUCUCAUGCGAAAACUCGCUGACGGCGGCGCGAAAGAGGAAAAAACUAGAGUCAUCUCUCGAAAAGCUAUCCAAGCGCGCAUGGAAAAGGUCAAAAACUCCGUGGUUGGCACCAAGCAUGAGCAUAGAGUCCUGGCCGAGCACAGAGCCGAACCUCUAUCUCCAAGGACCCCGACCUCACCCGUGUCGCCACGCUCAUCCAUACAGAGCGCAUCGGAGUCGUCCGCGGGCGCGGGCGGGGGCUCGGCGACCGGCAGCGUACGGGUCUCCUCGCGGUCCAGAGCCUCCGAGGAACCACACAUUGGAAAGUACAAGCUGCUCAAGACGAUCGGCAAAGGCAACUUCGCGAAGGUGAAACUCGCGAAACAUGUGCCCACCGGCAAGGAGGUGGCCAUCAAGAUCAUCGACAAGACCCAGCUCAACCCUGGCUCGCUGCAGAAACUCUUCAGAGAGGUGCGGAUAAUGAAAAUGCUGGACCACCCGAACAUCGUGAAGCUGUUCCAAGUGAUCGAGACGGAGAAGACUCUCUACCUGGUCAUGGAGUACGCCUCAGGAGGCGAGGUGUUCGACUACCUGGUGUUGCACGGACGCAUGAAGGAAAAGGAGGCGCGCGCCAAGUUCCGGCAGAUCGUGUCCGCCGUGCAGUACUGCCACCAGAAGCGCAUCAUACACAGGGAUCUCAAGGCGGAAAACCUCCUGCUAGACGGCGAGAUGAACAUAAAGAUAGCAGAUUUCGGGUUCUCCAACGAGUUCACGCCGGGCGCCAAGCUCGACACGUUCUGCGGCAGCCCGCCCUACGCCGCGCCAGAACUCUUCCAAGGCAAGAAAUACGACGGCCCAGAAGUAGACGUGUGGUCGCUGGGUGUGAUCCUGUACACGCUAGUGUCGGGCUCGUUGCCUUUCGACGGCUCCACUCUCAGAGAACUGAGGGAAAGAGUGCUGCGUGGGAAGUACAGAAUACCGUUCUACAUGUCAACGGACUGCGAAAACUUGCUAAAGAAGUUCCUCGUCCUGAACCCGGGCAAGCGGGCCUCGCUCGAGAGCAUCAUGCGCGACAAGUGGAUGAACACCGGCUACGAGGACGACGAGCUGCGGCCCUACGUCGAGCCGCAGCAGGACUACAAGGACCAUAAACGGAUAGAGGCUCUGGUGUGCCUGGGGUACAACCGGCAGGAGAUCGAGUAUUCUCUGGCGGAAGCGAAGUAUGACGACGUGUUCGCCACAUAUCUGCUGCUCGGCAGGAAAAGUACUGACCCGGAGUCGGACGGCAGCCGCUCGGGCUCGUCGCUGUCGCUGCGCAACGCCGCGCCCGCCAGCCAGGCGCAGGCCGCCGCCGCCAACCAGCACUCAGGCGGGGGGUCGCCGGGGCACCGCGGCGUGCAGCGCUCCAUCAGCGCCACGGCGCGCCCCUCCGGCUCGCGGCGCGCCAGCUCCGGCGCCGACGUGCUGCGCGCGCAAGUCGGCACGACUACUAGCGCAGCCAACAACACGACCUCCACGUCAACGACCACCACAUCCAAUUUCAAAAGACAGAACACAAUUGACUCGGCCUCCAUCAAAGAGAACACCGUACGGAUCGCCCAAAUGCAGGUGCAGAGCGGCACGCGGCCGGCGUCCGCGCAGCCCAAGCCGGAGCCGCGCUCGCGCACCAUGACGGCCGGCGCCGCGCGCCGCUCCACGCACGAGCAGCCGCCCAAGCUCAGCCCGCCCCCGCCUGCGCCCAGCAUGCAAUUCCUGCAAUCGGACAGCGUCACGCCGGAGACCAAGACCAACGGCAACGGCACCAAAACUCACGUGAAGAGCGCCUCCAUCAGUUCCGCUACCGGGCAACCGCCGCUCGCUGACGCCGCGCAGCAUAACGCCUCGGCGAGGGAUCUCGCCCAGCCCAGGCCCAGCCUGAACACGCAGCUCAGCACGACGGCCAGCACGGGCGCGGCGGCGACGCGGCGCGACUUCCCCAACCAGCUCGUGUUCCCGCGGAACGUGCCCUCCCGGUCCACCUUCCACUCAGGCCAGACGCGGUCGCGCGGCGCGUCGGCGGGCGGCGCGUACGGCGACGGCGGCUCGCCGCACACCGCGCGCCCCUCCUUCUUCUCCAAGCUCUCCUCCAGGUUCUCCAAGCGGUUGAAUCAGAACCCGUAAGCGCUGCGCAGCGACAACACGAAGACUUAUGGAGAGUUAUUUUAUAAAUAUAGAAAAUUUAUGGAAAACUCCAGCCAAGUGUGAACUUGGCAGGGCGUUUUGUAAUAUCCUUACAGAAUAGCAGAAGACGCGAAUUUGAGUCUCGAAAUUUGGUCCCUAUUAACCGUCCAUAUUUAUUAAAAGGUCCGUAAGUUCUAUUGAUCUUUGUGUCAUUCUCAAGAGACCUCGCAUCUGAAACUACCCUGUAAGGGAUUUCUAAUAGGUUGUUGAAACGUUUUCAUUGUAUUAUAACUAAUAUAAGCGGUCCACUUUAGUUGACAUUACGUUCGAGUUCGUUUUAUAUUUAACAUAAAUAAGAGAACAUUAAUCGCGACGACAUUUCUUUCUACAUGUUAUUUUAUAGAAAUCAAUGAAACUAUACUCACGGAAAAAAAUAUAUUUUUACACUACAGUGUAAGUUUUUUAUAGAGAAUUUCAAAAGUACAGAAGGUAUUAGGUGUAAGGUGUUUGAUUUGAUUGCUUUCGUGAAAUGGCAUGUAGAGAAAAACCUAGUCCCGUCGCGUCGCAUUUCAUCCUAGCUGUAAGUGCAUCGAGUUCUUAGAGCGUUCUCACAUUGCCCAAUCCGAUGUCGGAUGGAAGUAAAAUGUAAGACACGUGUGUUUUUCUGUAUUUAUUUAUUCGUUUAAUAAAUCUUUCUUACUGAAAAACGAUAGACGCAACAAAGCGCAUUUGAUGCUAUAUGGCACUCUCCUGCAGCUGCUGUUCCGAUAUCGGAAAGGCGCUUCCGAUAAUUUCAGCCAUGUCGGAGCCCCCCGUCGGCUGUCGGACCGAUAAUAUUUGUUUGUGUGCGUAUGUGUAGGCAUAAUGUUUGUUGUAGUGUGCGUGACCGCUAAAGACGGCGCCCCGCGGAUAUAGGAUCCCACAUCCGAAAUCGGAUCGGCUAAUGUGAAAACGCUCUUAUUCGGAACGAAUUUUCUACAUUCCAGGGCUCUAUAUUUGUUUAAGUUCACAAAAUAGCACAAACCUAUACCUAUUGAUAUCCUCUCGUUGACGUUUCGGACUCUGCCUAAAUUGUUAAAAAAAUUCGACGACUGAAAAUAAAUAUUUUGUAUAUUUGUAUUAUUAUACACGCUAUAUUUAGAUUUUUCAGUAAAUUUUCUCUCGCUGUUGGACUUCGGAUGUGGACCAUUUUGAAAGGAUAUUUAAUACUUACUAUAGGUAAUAUAAUAUUCCUAUUUCCAUCGUGUUCUACCCACUUGUUAUUCUUAGUCGUAUUUUCCUAUGAUGUUUGAAAUGGUCCACAAAUGCAAUUAUUAUACGUGUGACGAUAAAUAGUCGAUUAUUCCGCAAUAAUUAUUUAGAAUAAAGUGCAUUAGGAUAAUUUCGAACGACAGAGAAUUAAAAAAAAAUAUGUUUACAAAUCAAUAAAAUUAUAUUAAUAUGGUUUAUUUUCUCUUGUGAAAGUAAUUAAUUCAUUAAAAUAGGUACCUACAUGUAGUAUCUUUAUCGAAUCAUCAGUCUUUAAGAGGACUAUGUGAAACAAUAAAAUCUGAAUCUGAGCAAUAUCAGUCAUGUAAUGACAAUUUUCAAAAUUAUCCGAAAGCACUUUUAGAUGAUUUAUCACUCUCUGAUUACGUUAUUGUCAACUUGUAUCGAAAUAGAAAUUAUUUAGAUUCUUUGAAAGAACUGACAUAUUGGAAACACGUAAUUAUUUUAAAGGAAUAUCGACUUAUCUGUCACAUUGUGUAACUACUAUUUAUAAGGAGUGAGUGAGAUAUAUCAGUAUAUAAUGAUAAUUGUUUAGACUGUAAGCGGCAGAUCCUAAUAGCUUUGGUACAAAUACUCAGUAGAUGUUACCACAUAGAAAACACUGGAAUACAAUACGAACAUACCCCACGGCCCAGAUAUAUAGGUGUGUAGAAUGUAUAUUGUGUCAAAUAGGCCACAAUCAUAGGAGCAACAGGAUUCUACUGUUAUGAGAGGCUAGUGAUGAACCGAUCUCUGCGAUUUCUCACAAAUGACCGUAGUUCUGUAGAAAGCGACCAAAUUUUUUAUUUUUGUCAAAGUGACUUACACCCUAACUCAGUAGCUUUGGUCGCUUUCUGCAUAACUACGGUCCAAUGUUAGACCCAAAUAUAUUAUUCUUAUCUGUCAUAUGAAUGUCUAAAAUAUAUUAUACCCAGACUGACGUAUAAAGCUACUGAAAGUUAGCUUUUUUGGUAAUCUUCUAUAGGAAAAAGUGUACUUCAACAAUUACAUUCAAUUGCUAAAUAGUUUUUUCAUUGAAAGUGAAGUUAACCGAAACUGAGCAGUUUUUUCUUUUGCUCGCAAAAUCAAAAACUGUAAUGAGUUUUUUGGAGUUGCCUUAAGAUAUUGAUCUUCAAGUGAUACGGUUUUUUUAUUGGACAUUAUAUUAACCAUUUUCCAGGCAUAGUACGAUUUAUCGAACAAAUACGCGCCAACAGAAUUUCAACUUUAGCAUUCAGAUUUAAGGUUCAAACUAGAUUGCACUUUCGGGAAAUGUGACUUGGGAUCAUCAAAGCUGGAUUAAUUGAAAUAUAUUUGGAUUUUUUGGGAAACCUUGUAGAUUUCUGCGGCCUGGAAAAGGGUUAACACAUUCACUGCCCCCGACGCACAUGUGCGUCCACCGUCAUACAAGUUUGUUCCUAGGCCACGCCCCCUGGCAGUGAAUGCGUUAACAUGAAUCAUUCAUCAAAGCACUUCUUUCCUAUAGCAGAUAGAUAUAUCUAUGUCAAAAGUAAUUCCGAAAUGUAUCAUCGUCCCGACAAUUGUAUCCCUAUGAUAUUUUAGGUCAUACAAAUGUAUUUCCUAGUGUCAGUACUUUUAACCAUCUAAAAAAGGUAUAAUAUAUAAGUGACAUAUUAUGUUAGCGGCCUAUUCCACUCCACCGUUUUCCAUAAUUAUAAACUCUUUAGGGUUCCGUACUUUGUGUUAUCGUAGCGUUUAAAUCGUUGUACAUAUUUGUACAUUUGACAUUUUUGUGUGGUUAAGUGUGAACAAAAACAUCUAACUAGGUUUGUGAAAUAGAUACGUAUAUGUGUUCUUGACUCUUUAUAUUAUACAUAGUGAUAUCUGAUAUAUAGUCCAUUUGUUGAAAUAUACGUAAUUAUAUUUUUUAUUUAAAUCUGUUCAUUAUGUUUACAUUUUAUUUUAUUUCACAAAUCAUCAAUAUUUUUUCCAGUCACAAUUGUGACUUAAAUCAGAAAUUAAAAUAAUAUUUAUCAAAAUUAUAUUUAUCAAUGUGCAAUCUUUUCUUAAUUUUUGUGUAGAGUACAUCGGGUACAUAUUAGUUAUUGAAAUGGAUACAUAUACUUGGUCAAGCAGAUCUUGUCAGUAGAAAAAGGCGGCAAAUUUGAAAAAUGUAGGCGCGAAGGGAUAUCGUCCCAUAAAAAAAUUGAAUUUCGCGCCUUUUUCUACUGACAAGAUUUGCUUGACGCAGUAUAUAAAUAUAAAGGUAAGGAAGUAAGUAAAUAAUAAAUAUUCUUUAUUGUGCCCCAUAAAGUUAAAAAAUACACAGGAAACGAAAUACAAGGUAGGUUUAGUCACUUAAAUACAUUGUUGGUAAUUAAGGAUAUCCUUUUGCUGAAUGUUCACGUUCAGUAUACCUAAUUAUUUUGUUUCUCAUAUGUAUCCGACGUAUUUUACUUGUAUGACUCUUAUACUUUGGAAUCCUACUCAUAUGUAUAUAUUCUUGUGUAACAUUCGUGUAUAGAUCCCGUAUUGAUGGCAAAACUUAGGUGCUGAAAUAUUUGUAUAAAUGUGUUUGGUUCACUUGAAUUUAAUUGGGACGUCAUCUUAAAUGUACCAACAUGUACAUUAAAAAAUUAAAUUUUAUAGGAAAUUGCCGUUUUAUGUAAGAGUCAUGGCAAAGAUACCGUACAUAGUUUGAAGACAAUUAAUAGGGUUUUGUUUUCAUCGAGUCUCUUUCUUUAUUUUACGAAGAAUAUUUAAAUGACUGAUGAUGAUGAAAAUUGUUUUUUGGUUGAACUCUUAUUGCGGCGUACUAACUUAGUGACGAAAUAUAUACUGGUUGAAAAUAUGAAAGUAUUUUUAUGAUGUAAAUAUUUUUUGGCUGUGGUACAAGAGAUCACCCAACUAAUGCCAGAAAACGGCAAUCUCCUUUAUAAAACAACUUAUAAACAGAAAACGACAAGGUUAUUUUACAUAGUAAUAUAUUUUAUAUAAAACCCGGAAGGCCCACGCACACAUACAGUGCAUUAUAAUUUCUUUGAUCAUUUUUUUACUUAAAAUAAAACAAUAUGUUAUUAUUGUGAAGGCUAAAUGCAAUAAACUCUAAUGUAGUUUAAGUUUAGUUAGUUUAUAUAAUUUAGUAAUUUUAUAUUUUGAGAUUUUUUUUCAUCCCUUGGCGUUUUCGGUUGACAUUGUAUUUGCUUUGCAUCGCAUUUUUAGUUUAAUUUCAUCGAUUAUAAGCUAUUGUUUUGAAACUUUUUAUACGUGUAGUAUAAAAAUAAAAUACACCAAUUGUGAUUACGAAAAAUUACGCGAUUCAGUAAAAUAAUAAUCAGUAUUUAUCAUAAUAUACUAAACAGCAGUCAUAUUGUUAACUGUUAAUUUUGAGGUACUCUCUUAUUACCUACACGUAUAAAUUUCAAUACAUUUCUUGACAUUCUUAUUAAAAUAAUUCAUUGUAAUUACUUCAAAUGUGUAUCAUAUUCGUAUUCGGCCAUCGCAUCGUUGCAUUUACAUGUAUAAUUGAUGUUUACGACUCGUAAGAAAAUGCCAAAAUUGAAUAAUUAUAGUAUUUUUAAAUUGGCGCAACGUCUGUAACCAAAUUGUCAAAAUCAUGUUUAGUGAUACCGGAUGUGUUGCUUCUCCGAAUAAUCAGGUUUUUCAAUAACA